UUUUCAAAUGCUUGACCAACCAACCAAACGUGAUUUAUUUCUCAGUGCAGAUCCCGUACAUGAUGAUAAAUUUAAUAUUUUCAAAACCUCUUGAUUUCACCGCGAUGUCCACGCAAAAAGAACGCGAGGAUAAAAUACUUUUGCGUCUAGGAAAGGUGAAAUACCCGUAUUUCCUGUGUGUUUUCAAUGAGCCUUUCAACGUACAAUUCCCUAUCACCACUGAUUACAACAAUUUAAACGAGACACAGAAACGAAAGCUUUUAAGGAAGUUCUUAUUAAAAUUAAUAAAAGGUAGUUUCAGAGAGUUGUGGGUGAAUAUCAUUGAUGAUGCGGAAUAUAGCGACCCAAAUUCCUUAGAGGUAUUUGACGUUUUCACGAAAAAAGAUAUAAUCUUCUUUGUGAUUAGCAUUGGGCGGAAAGUAGACACGGACUUCCCAAUAUUCUUCAAUAUUCUGAGCAGAACACUAGUAACUUGUUUAAUUCUUCUUUUAUAAAUGUAAGUCGUGUGACCAAUGAUGAAGUAAAAAUCGUUUGUUAAAAG